AUGCGACAUCUAACAAUCACUAAGGACAUCCUCUUUCGGACCCAGCACUGGACAGUAGUUGCUAUGGAUCCACUGGAGGGAAAGAAGACAUAUACUGGAUGUGACUGUAAGUACAUCGCCAUUGGGGACACUAAACACACACCCCCAGAGAUUGAGAUCUCCCCGAUCACCUUCCCGGGUGGUCCGGAAGAUCUUAUCCUCUUAGUGCGCUGCAUUCACCCACCAUAUUUUCUCCCAAAGGGGCAAAUCAUAGCCCAAUACAUUCCUGUCCCAGAGGGAGUCCCAGUGGACGACCACGCACCAGGCAUCAACUCGGCAGAAGUAGUGGGUGAAGACAAACCCAUUGUCGAUUGCAGCAUCAAGCAGGGUGCGGAAUCUGUCAACCUGAGAGGUCUGCUUGAUACGGGGGCAGAUGUGACGAUCAUCCCCCAGAGAAGAUGGCCGUCACAUUGGGAGUUGCAACCCAUGGCGGGGAAAAUUCAGGGUUCCCUUGUGGGGGAGGGACCUUAUGUCACAAUGUGGGGUAAAGAUCGAAAUCCCGAAAACCCCUCGGGAUUUUUAAUAGCGGCCACUGUGGAGCGCCCCUUCCAGAAGCUCGAUUGGACCACUGAUGAAGCAAUCUGGAUUGAUCAGUGGCCGCUUCGAAAAGACAAAUUAAGGGCUCUCAAUGAGCUCAUGGAGGAGCAAUUAUUAAAGGGUAAUAUUGUAGAGACAACCAGCCUUUGGAAUUCCCCGGUAUUUGUUAUCCGUAAGCCGGGGAAGGACAAGUGGCGGCUCCUCCACGACCUUCAUGCCAUCAAUAAGAUCAUUGUUGACAUGGGGCCCCUUCAACCAGGGAUGCCUACCCCAACUAUUCUCCCCCGAAAUUGGGAUCUGGCCGGGAUUGAUAUAAAGGACUGCUUCUUUCAAAUUCCCUUGCACCCUGAUGACGCCCCACGGUUUGCCUUCUCGGUGCCCACCCUCAACCGAGAAGCCCCAAUGAGGAUCCACUGGCGUGUUUUGCCACAAGGCAUGAAAAAUUCCCCCACCAUCUGUCAGUGGUACGUCUCCUCGUUGCUGUCUCCCGUGCGCAAAGAGAUGAGGGAGGUCAUCAUCCAUCACUAUAUGGAUGAUGUCCUAGUGUGCGCCCCCCAUGGCGAUCUACUCACCCGAUCACUUGACCGAGUGGUUAAGGUUUUAACAUCUGCAGGUUUUCAACUCCAGGAGGAUAAAGUUCAAUGGAUGCCGCCCUGGAAGUAUCUGGGUCUGCGGAUUGCUGAGAGGACUGUUGUGCCUCAAAAAUUGGCAAUAAACAGCAAUCCAAAGACCUUGGCGGACCUUCACUCGCUGUGUGGGACCUUGAACUGGCUCAGGCCUUGGCUGGGCCUUUCCACUGAAGACCUAGCCCCCCUCUUCACACUCUUGAAGGGGGAGAAGGAGCUGAGUUCUCUCAGGAUCCUGACCCCAGAAGCGAGGAAAGCCCUGGAGAAAGUAGAGGAGGCACUUGUCGAAAGACAGGCGCAUCGGUGCGAACCGACCCUGCCUUUUGAGUUUAUUGUGCUCGGGAGAAUGCCACACCUCAGUGGGCUGAUUUUUCAAUGGGACCAGGGCUCCAAGGAUCCCCUCUUAAUCAUAGAGUGGGUUUUCUUGAGCCAUCAAAGGUCCAAAAGUGUCACCCAGCCACAGGAGCUGAUGGCUCAGCUCAUCGGGAGAGCUCGGGCCAGGCUUCGGGAGAUGGCUGGGUGUGACUUUGCAUGCUUUCGGGUACCGGUCAGCUUGUCUCGGGACAAGGAGACCCCAGAUAAGCUGACAAAAGAGAUGUUUGAUCAGUUACUUACGGAGAAUGAGACACUCCAGAUUGCUUUGGAUAGUUUUGAAGGCCAAGUUUCGGUCCAUGCCCCUGCCCACAAAUUUUUCAAUUCCAAAUUCGAACCAAUUCCAAAAGAAGUACGGAGCAGGAAGCCCCUCAAAGCCCUGACCGUGUUCACGGACGCAUCCGGGGCAUCUCACAAGUCUCUAGUGACUUGGAGAAAUCCCAAAACUCAGCAGUGGGAAGCAGAUGUUCAAUAUGUGGAAGGAUCUCCACAAGUUGCUGAGUUGGAUGCAGUUGUCAGGGCCUUUGAGAGGUUUUCUGAACCUUUCAAUUUAGUCACUGACUCGGCCUAUGUUGCAGGGGUGGUUGCCAGAGCAGAACACGCUGCCCUGAAGGAGGUCUCGAACCCGAAAUUGUUCGAGUUGCUUUCUAAAUUAAUAUAUACUGUUUCCCACAGGAAGCAACCAUUUUUCGUAAUGCAUGUGAGGUCGCACACAGAUCUCCCUGGCCCAGUAGCCAAGGGAAAUCAAAUGGCUGAUUCCCUCGCUGCCCCUGUUUCCAUGGCUCAACUCCCCGAUCGGUUCCAACAAGCCAAGCUGAGCCACCAAAUGUUCCAUCAGAAUGUGCCUGGUCUGGUCCGCCAGUUCCACCUGCGGCGGGAUCAAGCCAGAGCCAUUGUGGCCACAUGCCCCCAUUGCCAAACCACCGUUAUGCCCUCUCUGGGGUCGGGGGUGAACCCUCGAGGCCUGGGGAGCUGUGAGGUGUGGCAAAUGGAUGUAACUCACGUUCCCGAAUUUGGCAAGCUAAGGUUCGUACAUGUAUCCGUAGACACUUUCUCAGGGGCAGUCUUUGCUUCUGCCCAUGCAGGAGAGAAAGCCGAGCAUGUCUGUAAACACUUCAUGCAGGCUUUCUCUGUGCUGGGGGUCCCCAAAGAGCUAAAAACGGAUAAUGGCCCAGCAUACACCUCCAGGAAACUGGAGGAAUUCCUGCAGAAUUGGGGAGUGACACAUAAGAGAGGCAUUCCACACUCCCCCACCGGUCAAGCAAUCGUGGAUGAUAGUAAUCCCAAUCCUCCAGUGGCACUGCACUUUAACUCCACCAGCAACUACGAGCUCAAACAUCGCCCUCCAGUGCUGGUCCGGGACCCAGAGACCCAAAAGAUCCUGGGUCCGUUCGAUCUGGUGACCUGGGGGCGAGACUACGCUUGCGUUUCCUUGCCCCAGGGACUAAGGUGGAUCCCACAAAAGUGGGUGAAACCUUAUGUCCCGAAACAUUCUACCAGGCCACCAGACGAGCAGGAGGAUGUCAUUGUGUCUGUGCAAGCCACCCCAGUAACCCCCAAGAGCGACGAGGAGGAGGAAUGUCUCGAACCCCCUUUCUCUAUCGAUUUUUUGCUCUCCCUUUAUGUUAAUUGA